ACGAAAGAUAAAUCAAACCAACCUCCUUGAUCAAACAAUAAUAAAUGCAGCCCUGAGGAUUUAAAAUGCGAAUCUUAAAGGCUAUGCUUUUACUGGUUAAAUGCGGCGGAAUCUUGAAUUGUAUGAGCAGGAAACACGUCAGAGACGUUUUUGCCAAGGAGCAUCUCGGAGGCCGCACAGAGCUUUCGGACUACUAGAGAAUGUGCUUUCAGGCGUUCAUAUUCAUUAGUGCGCAGCUAAUUCAGCCUGUCUGGUAGUGUAAAGGAUAACUGUUGUUGGUGCUUGUCCCAUCUUGUUAGUAUACAUAGCGCAGCCGGCAGAAAUGGCGUUCAAACAGUGGCGCAGAUUCAAUUUCUUCGACAAGGAGGUGGUGCGGGAUGGUGACAAGUCGUUCGACAAGCUGCAGGAGCUGAGCGUGACAUGCAGCGCAAGCGGCCGAGGCCAGCUUGUGUUGGGGGAGGUUGGUGGUCAUGUGGUGUGCGUGAACCGGCAGCUCCAGCUGACCACCUUCCGCGCCUACGAACUGACAGUCGAAUUAGUGCAGCAAAUGCGCAACCACGCGCUACUCAUCACACUCGGAGCAGACGAGAGCGGCGUCAACCCGUUGGUAAAAGUGUGGAACCAGGAGAAGGUUGACAAGCAUGGUGUGCCCCAUUGUUGCCGGAUUGUUCGAGCUGCAGCGGGUACUUCACCCUCACCGGCCAAGUCACUGGCUGUGGAUGAACGGCUGACACUUAUGGCCGUUGGCCUGGAAGAUGGUCGCUUGCUGCUGUAUCGUGGGGAUGUCACGCGGCAGCAGAGCCGUCAGACUGUGGUGCCCCUGGAGUUUGGCUCAGUCAAUGCACUGGCCUUUGCCGGGGCCAGCCAGCUGUUUGUGGCCACAGGCACCAAGGUGCUGUCGCUGGUUCUUGGUGCGAAUGGGCAGCCUUCCAAGCAGCUUGUUCUGGAUGCACAUGGCUGUGCCCCACAGUGUGCCGCCCUAAGUAGUGAGGGUGAAUUUGUCGUCGCUCGCGAAGACGCUGUCUACUUCUACCAUCCAGAGGGCCGUGGUUCCUGCUUUGUCUUUGAAGAUGAAAAGUUGUUGCUGCGUUGGUUUCGCACAUAUCUAGUCCUGGUGGCAAGGGAUGCCAAAACAGCCAGGAGUACUGGGGGUCCAGACAAAACAAUAGUUACCAUCUACGACAUACAGAACAAAUUUGUAGCCUACUCGGCGGCCAUCCCUGGUGUGGUAGACGUGAUGGCUGAGUGGGGCUCCCUUUAUGUGCUGGUACAAGAAGGAAAGCUGUUCUGUCUCCGUGAGAGGGACACCCAGAGCAAGCUGGAGCUGCUCUUCCGCAAGAACCAGUACUCACUGGCCAUCAGCUUAGCGCGAAGCCAGAAAUAUGACCAAGAUGGUUUAGCGGACAUCUUUCGGCAGUACGGGGACCAUUUAUACAGCAAGGGUGACUAUGAAGGGGCUGUGCAGCAGUACAUACGCACAGUGGGCAAGCUGGAGGCCUCGUAUGUCAUUCGCAAGUUCCUGGAUGCUCAACGCAUUGGUAACUUGACUGAGUACCUGCAAGAGCUGCACCGGCGAGGUUUUGCCAAUGAGGAUCACACCACACUACUUCUCAACUGCUACACCAAACUCGAAGAGGAUGACAAGCUCACAAACUUCAUCAUGACGGAGGACGUGGCCUUUGACGUGGAGAUAGCUGUGCGGGUCUGCCGCCAGGCUGGCUAUUUUGCGCAAGCACGGCACCUGGCAAAGAAGCACGGUUGCCAUGACCUGUACCUGCACAUUCAGCUGGAUGACUGCAAGGACUAUGCAGAUGCCUUGCAGUACAUUAGCCAGCUGGACCAUGCACAAGCAGAAGGCUACAUGCAGAAAUAUGGCAAGGCGUUGCUGGAUGCCAUCCCGGCUGAGACGACCCAGCUGCUUAUGCAACUCUGCACUGGCCGCAGUGGAACCUGGCCGUGCCGGUCACAGCCAGAAGAUUUCAUACACAUCUUUGUGAACAAUUCAGAAGAGCUACUGCGGUUCCUGCAGCAUAUGGUAGAGGUGCAGCCAGAUUCAUCCAGCCUGGUCUACAAUACUCUGCUGGAAUUGCAUCUGCAAGCCUACAAACGUGAGGCAAACCCAGAGGCACGGCAGGCUCGGGAACAGCACAUCAUGGAGAUGCUGCGAAACAUGCAGUCGCGAUAUGACCUGGACCAGGCCCUGGUGCUGUGCCAGAUGAAUGGUUUCAAGCCAGGUAUCCUGCAUCUCUACGAGAAGGCCAAGUUGUACCACCAGAUCCUCGCCUACCAUAUUGACCAGCACGACUAUGAUGGUGUGAUCAAGCUGUGCGAGAAGUUUGGUAUCUAUGAUCCCAACCUGUGGAUUCAAGCACUUGGCUUCUUUGCACGAGCUGAGGGUGCCAGCCAGCACCUGGCCACUGUGCUACAACAUAUCCUUUUGGGGCGCCUGCUGCCGCCCGUAUUGGUAGUGGAGAUGACUCGGCCAGCGCCCCUAUCAACACUGCGGGACUACUUGGUACGGCACCUACAGGCUGAGAGCCGGCAGCUAGAUGAGCACCAGCGACUUAUUGCCCAGUACCGCCAGGAAACUGAACGUGUUCGGCAGGAGAUGCAUGACUUGCGUAAUGGCCCACGGAUCUUCCAGGAUGCAAAAUGUUCAGGCUGCAACCACCAGUUGGAAUUACCCUCCGUGCACUUCCUCUGUGGCCACUCCUACCACCAACAGUGCUUUGAGAACUAUGCUGAAAACGACACCGACUGUCCUGAAUGCCUGCCACAGCACAGCAAAGUGUUGGACAUCCUGCGGUCUCAAGAGCAGGCACGAAACCUCCAUGAGGACUUCCAUCAUCAGCUGGAGCGCUCGGAGGAUGGCUUUUCUGUGGUGGCUGACUACCUAGGCCGGGGCCUGUUUCAACGGCUCACGCUGCUGGCACCAGCCACAGCAGCAGCAGCAGGCCCAGCAGCAGCAGAACUGAGGGCAGCCAGGUCUUGAUCAUAGCCCAUGUGCUGCAUGGAAAGUGGUUAGCCAUUAGAGCAAUGUUGGCGAUAUUUGUGAGGCAAGCCAUCAAGUGCUCACCUGACGUAUUUGGAGUGCAGCGGCAUCAUGAGUGCCAGUUUGACCAUGUUCCACCUUGUGCUGCCACCAUACUGCAUCAGGUUGAGGCAGCGAGCAACAUGCGAGUGGCAGUUGUCACAGAAGAGGUUGUGCUGCAUGGACAGAGCACAGUCUGGCUAGCCCUGUUGUACUAUGGUGGAACAUCACACGCAAUGCCUGCUUGGGCACAGACAGACUGAAAAACGAACGUACACCUUGAAUAUCAAGAGUAAUAUGUGCAAUUCACUCAGGGGAACUUUGACGUCUCUGCUACCAAUUCUUGAAGAGCUUCAACACAUGAACCAACACACAGGCACUGAAAUUCUGCACAAAAGCGUUUAUGUAGAAAACGAGAACUACAGGCUAGUACACAGCAUGGGUUCUCUUCAGUCUUCACAAGCCUACAAGACUGCUCACAAUUUAGUACCUCUGCACAUUUGAUUACUGUGUUUGAGCCCAUAUGCACUUUCAUUCAGCUUUAAUUUUCUUUUGUACAUUUGUUGUAAAUAAAUAAGUGAAAGCCCUCCAAA